CAUCCCUGAGGGAAGCGCCGCCUCUGCUCCGGGCUUCUCCGCCCGCUCGCCCGCUCCUUCCCGGCCGGACCCCGCCGCACUCCACCCCGGCGGCGGGAGGAGCAGCUCUCCAGUCAGCCUUUGCAGCCCCCCGUCCUUUUUUCUCUUCCACGCACCCUCCCGGGCCUCCUCUCAUCUCUUGGCUGGGCGCAGAGACCAGGAAAGAGGCUGGGGUCGCCACGGCAGAGGUUGUUGCCGCCACCCCCCUGCGGGGGUGGCCGGGGUUCCCGGCUGGGGGGGCACCGUUCCGGGUGAGGCAUCCACCAUGGUGAGGCCCCUGAGCCACUGCCCCCGCGCCCCCCCGGCCAUCGCUGCCUCCUGCCCCUCGGUGCUGCUGCUGCUCCUCCUGCUGUUGCUCCUCCAUCUCCAGAUCGGAUCACGGUGAGGGAAAGAUGAGCGAGGAGACGGCGACUUCUGACAACGAUAAUAGUUAUGCACGAGUGCGAGCUGUGGUGAUGACCCGGGAUGACUCAAGUGGUGGAUGGUUACCACUUGGAGGGAGUGGACUGAGCUGCGUCACUGUCUUCAAAGUCUCUCACCAGGAAGAGAAUGGCUGUGCUGACUUUUUUAUCCGUGGAGAGCGACUCAGGGACAAAAUGGUGGUUUUGGAAUGUAUGCUUAAAAAGGACCUCAUUUACAAUAAGGUCACUCCAACAUUUCACCACUGGAAGAUUGAGGACAAGAAAUUUGGCCUUACCUUUCAAAGUCCUGCUGAUGCUAGGGCUUUUGAUAGAGGUAUUCGAAGAGCUAUAGAGGAUAUUUCUCAAGGAUGCCCAGCAUUAAAAAAUGAAACUGAAGGAGCAGAAGAUGACUUACAAGCAACUGCUGAAGAGAAUACUCCCAGUUCUCUGGUGAAAGAUCAUCUUUUCCAUCAAGAGACAGUUGUUACCAGUGAGCCUUAUAGAAGCUCAAGACCUUCUCCCUUUGAAGAUCUGAAUGCCAGAAGAGUCUACUUGCAAAGCCAAGCCAAUCAGAUAACAUUCAGUCAUCCAAGCCUAGACAUUCCAGGCAGAAGUAUAGAAUAUGCACAGCGGCAGAUAUCCAAGGAAUGUGGAGGCCUAAAGUCCCAAAAUAAGGUCCCUUUGAAAUCAAUCCGACACGUCAGCUUUCAAGAUGAGGAUGAGAUCGUCAGAAUAAACCCACGAGACAUCUUAAUACGUCGCUAUGCAGACUACAGACAUCCUGACAUGUGGAAAAAUGACUUGGAGAGAGAUGAUAAUGACUCCAGUAUUCAGUUUUCUAAACCAGACAGUAAAAAAUCAGACUAUCUGUACUCUUGUGGAGAUGAGACUAAGUUAAGUUCACUCAAAGACUCUGAGGAAUUCAAGACACAGCCUUCCUCAUUAAAAUUUAAAAAGUCAAAACGAAGGAAAGAAGAUGGUGAACGUUCUCGCUGCGUAUACUGCCAGGAGAGGUUUAAUCAUGAAGAAAAUGGCAGGGGGAAGUGCCAGGAUGCUCCAGACCCCAUUAAGAGAUGCAUAUAUCAAGUUAGUUGCAUGCUCUGUGCCGAGAGCAUGUUGUAUCAUUGUAUGUCGGACUCAGAGGGAGAUUUUUCUGAUCCCUGUUCAUGUGACACUAGCGAUGACAAGUUCUGCUUGCGAUGGUUAGCGCUGGUAGCUCUGUCGUUCAUUGUGCCGUGUAUGUGCUGCUACGUCCCUCUGAGAAUGUGCCACCGCUGUGGGGAGGCGUGUGGGUGUUGUGGUGGGAAACACAAAGCUGCUGGAUGAAAGGGUCCAGUGCCGGGAUGAGUUUGUAAUCUUUGUUUCCAGGAAUGAGCUAACUUGGAUUUGUGGAAGCUUUCGGCAAGCAACAUGAAAUCUUGCCUGGGGUCGUAGGGGCCACUCGUGGAGGAGGCAGAACUCCUCAGUUCUUGGCGUCUCACGGAUGCCCGCCAUGCCUAACUUUUCCCUUGAGCGCAUGGCUUGUUUUGUUACAGGUUGUAAAGCAUAUUUGCGAAAGGAAACCAUUUCUGGUUAUCGGCUAUAAAAAGUGAACCUAAAACAUGAUCCAACUAAAAGGGAUUAAUUUUUGGCAUUUUUGUAUAUUUAUGUAUUAGGUGAUGGGACUUUUAAAGGUUUGAAUUCAUUAGGACAUGAACUAAAAGUGCACUAGGGGACAACUGAUUUCAGUCUAAGAAAAGUUAACACUUGGACAUUAUAAGAAGUUAAACAAGUGCAACUAAAUCAUUUAUUGUUUUUUGAAAGCGGUUUUAUGUAUAAAUAACAAAUGUUUAUAUUUAACUAAAUAUAGGGUACGAAUUAUGACAUAUUAAACUUUUCUUCCCCUUCCUAGUUCUGAAGUAGAUGUGCAUAUAUCUACUGUCACAUUCCAUUAUAUUUUGAAUAUUUUACUCAUCUAGUUAAUACAACGUUUUUAUUCCAUGUGAAUGAUUUGAUAUUUCCAUCAUUUCCCUUUGGCUACGGUUUAUAUUGAGUUAUAUCUGUACAUUCUGGUAAUCUAAAAUUCUUAAAAAUAUUCUAAUAGCCUUGAGUGACCAACUUUUUUUUAAAGCACAGAUGUAAUUGUCUAGUGUUCUGAUGGGAACGUAACACUUAUUUUUAUAUAAAAAGAGACUGAGUAAACAGAGAAAAAAAUGAGGUUUGGGGAUUGUUGUUUUGUUUUUUGUGGUAUUCAACCAGCAAGUUGUUUUCUUUCAGAGUUUCCUCCUUCAAGAAAAUUAUAUUGCAUUUACAAAUAUUUUACAAGGCAAAAAAGUGUAACUGGAUAAUUAAUGUCAAAGUUUCCUCCUGAGAUCUCCAUUUAUCAUUUUGCUAACCCAGAAUUUGUUCAGCUGUGUUACUAAUUUUUUUUAGCUUAAUACUCAGUGCUCAUUAUUCAUGUAACAACAAUAGCUUUUUUCAGUUGCAUUUUAUUUUACUGUAUUUAAACCGGCCAGAAGCAAGAUUAUUUUAUGUUAAAGUGUGUGCUAAACUAUCCCAGGGAAGUAUUUAAUCCAACAUUGUGAAUGAAAUAUCUUGUACAUAAAAAUUUAUUUCUUUUGCAGAGCAUUGUAUUACUGGAUUUUUUUUUUUUUUUACAAAGUCGUUGGAUAAAUGUUCCAACAAAUUAUUUAAAGUACUUUGGGAUCAAAUUGUCUUAAUUUUUUUAAGUGUUACAUUCAAACUCUAAUCAAGGAAGAGGUUCUUUAAGAACAUUCCCUUAGAGGGAUAAAGUUGAGAAGCGUGCCUUUUUUUCAAUGGCUUGAAGUUUCAGAAGUGAUAAACAUUAAACUCACACUACCAUUUGAAGCUAAUUUUCUAUGCAGGUUUUUAAAUGUCAUUUAUGUGUCAUUCUUUUUAUGUUCACACUUAAGCUUGUGUUAGCUGUCUUCUUUUGCCCCAGAUCAAACUGAACAAUGUAUAUAACACUACCUGUCUGUAAAAUACUUUUUUUUAAGAAAGCAUUUUAUAUUUAUAUGACAGCUUGAACUGACAACAUUGUGUAUAUAGAUCAUCUUGAAGUAUUAUUUCACAUUGAAAAGAAGAAAUAUAUUGAUAACUAUAGAUGUUAUGAAGAAGAGGUUAUUUCUAGUUUUGUACUAAAAAUCAAUUGGAUGCACUAAAUCCAAACGUGACACUGUAGCAGCAGUUUUAAGUCUUAUUUUUACUGUUUAUAUAUUUGGACGCUGCUACACCAGAUGAUCUUCAUCCCUGAAGUUUUCAGCUAAACUUGGUUACCUAGAAUAGACUGUUAACUUUCAAAAUUACUUUUUAUUGGUGGAAUGGGAAUAUUGGUUUUCCUUGUGAAUAAAUUUUCAUAUUUGUAAGUGCAGAGUUUAUAAUUCAGGUUUGAGCAAGGUGUGAAUAACUGAAGAAAAUAACUUGCUGGCUAUUAUAUAGGAAAAUGCUGUGGAAACGAACUGUGUAUAUACUUCUGGGAAGAACAAAUAUAAUCAUUUCUUCUGUUGAGCACUAAUCAGUAUAGUGCAACUCCUGGUUCUGUACUGUAUUUUAUAUGCAACAUAUAUGCUUUAAUAUUUUAAUGUUUGUGCAUUAAUAUUUUCAAAUUGUUUUAACCACUUUGCUGCUAAGAUUUUGCCAUCCCAUCCCCGUUUUUUCCUUUACAAUUUUAAACAAGUUUCUUCAUUAAAAAUCAUGGUGAUAAAACGGUUUUUAUUUCACCUUGGAUCUUUAUAGUUAACACACCCAGUUUCCAAAUUGGUCUAGAAGACUAACUAGUAAUAUAAUGUUACCUGAAUCCCUAUGUGGAAAAUUUCUCUUGCGUAAAUCAGAAUUCUUACAUGAAAACUAACGGGUGAUUUAAAUUUCUUGUUCUUCAAUGUGUGGAGGCGCGUGCAGGGCGUUUCCUCGUUCUGCAUGCAGGUUGAACGCUGCCAGCUGCCUUUUCUUCUAGGUCCCUUCUCUUUUUAAUCUGGUGGUGUAAGCAAAUGGCGAAACAGAGCCGCUUAAGUAAUAGUGCACACUGAGAAGGAAACCACCUAGAUGGCAUGAUGAGAAAGACUGGUCUGAUGGCUUGUUGUGUUCAGACCUGAUCAUUUGGAAAUGAUUUUUCUCCAGCCUUGAAGGUGGGGGGCUGGUGAGGGACGAACUCAUUUGGUUUCUGAGGAAAUACGAGGUGUGGGACUUCAGCGCCACCUACUGGCUGACUUACAGCCAGAGACGGAAGGUGGCGGUUGGGGUCUCACCAGGUCCCUCACUAUUAUCAGGAAAGGGCUCUGUGGGGGGUGGCCACCUCCACAUGGAGAAAGCAGGAAUAAAGUAUCUCAGACUGUAAAAGGAGUAUUUUCCCUAAUGUGUCUUACUGGUUGCUGGAAGACUUUAAGCACUUUUUUCUCAUAUAUCCUGUAUUAAAAUAUUUAUUGAUACUUGGAACUGGCAAUCAAACUUAAUUAAUGGCUGUGCCGAAGCAUUUAUAGAACCGAUUCCUUUAACUUGCUAAAGCCAUUACCAAGAUGGUAUUCUUACUUUUCCUCCCAUUGCUAGUCAGGGAGAAUUUUUAAAGAAAAUAAACAUCACCUAUAUUACAUGAAGACAA